AGGCGCCUUGGGCUCCAUGGCCCCCGGCCAGGCCUGUGGCUCCAGGUAGGGGCCCAGCUGGUGGCUGCCUCCCCCGCUUCUCCCCUCCGCCCCGGGAACCUGAGACGAAGCAGCGGCCUCGGCGUCCGUCAGUCUGUCGGCUGCCGGUCCGUGAGGACAGAAGCAGAGGUCUCGGGGAAGGACCAGGGCCUUGUUUCAAGCCCCCAGGACUUUCUCCCGGGCCCCAGACAAACUGUGCUCUGUCCAGCGCACCUCCUGCAUGUCCUGCUGCCCUGAGCUGUCCCGAGUGAGGUGACAGCGUGUCACGCUGCCACCAUGAACGAGGUGUCUGUCAUCAAAGAAGGCUGGCUCCAUAAGCGCGGUGAAUAUAUCAAGACCUGGCGGCCCCGGUACUUCCUGCUGAAGAGCGACGGCUCCUUCAUUGGCUAUAAGGAGCGGCCUGAGGCCCCCGACCAGACCCUGCCCCCCUUAAACAACUUCUCUGUCGCAGAAUGCCAGCUGAUGAAGACCGAGAGACCUCGGCCCAAUACCUUCGUCAUUCGCUGUCUGCAGUGGACCACAGUCAUCGAGAGGACCUUCCAUGUCGACUCCCCGGAUGAGAGGGAGGAGUGGAUGCGGGCCAUCCAGAUGGUUGCCAACAGCCUCAAGCAGCGGGGCCCAGGGGCGGACCCCAUGGACUACAAGUGUGGCUCCCCCAGCGACUGUUCUGCGGCCGAGGAGAUGGAGGUGGCGGUUAGCAAGGCGCGGGCCAAGGUGACCAUGAAUGACUUCGACUAUCUCAAACUCCUGGGUAAGGGCACCUUUGGCAAGGUCAUCCUGGUGCGGGAGAAGGCCACUGGCCGCUACUAUGCCAUGAAGAUCCUGCGGAAGGAGGUGAUCAUCGCCAAGGAUGAAGUUGCCCACACGGUCACCGAGAGCCGCGUCCUGCAGAACACCAGGCACCCGUUCCUCACUGCGCUGAAGUACGCCUUCCAGACACAUGACCGCCUGUGCUUCGUGAUGGAGUACGCCAACGGUGGCGAGCUGUUCUUCCACUUGUCGCGGGAGCGUGUCUUCACAGAGGAGCGGGCCCGCUUUUAUGGCGCAGAGAUCGUCUCAGCCCUGGAGUACCUGCACUCGCGGGACGUAGUGUACCGCGACAUAAAGCUGGAAAACCUCAUGCUGGACAAGGAUGGCCACAUCAAGAUCACCGACUUCGGCCUGUGCAAGGAGGGCAUCAGCGACGGGGCCACCAUGAAGACUUUCUGUGGGACGCCUGAGUACCUGGCGCCCGAGGUGCUGGAGGACAACGACUACGGCCGGGCGGUGGACUGGUGGGGGCUGGGCGUGGUCAUGUACGAGAUGAUGUGUGGCCGCCUGCCCUUCUACAACCAGGAUCACGAGCGCCUCUUCGAGCUCAUCCUCAUGGAGGAGAUCCGCUUCCCUCGCACGCUCAGCCCCGAGGCCAAGUCCCUGCUUGCUGGGCUGCUUAAGAAGGACCCUAAGCAGAGGCUCGGCGGAGGGCCCAGCGACGCCAAGGAGGUCAUGGAGCACAGGUUCUUCCUCAGUAUCAACUGGCAGGACGUGGUCCAGAAGAAGCUCCUGCCACCCUUCAAGCCUCAGGUCACGUCUGAGGUCGACACAAGGUACUUUGACGACGAGUUCACCGCCCAGUCCAUCACAGUCACGCCCCCGGACCGCUAUGACAGCCUGGGCUCACUGGAGCUGGACCAGCGGACGCACUUCCCCCAGUUCUCCUAUUCGGCCAGCAUCCGAGAGUGAUCUGCUGCCGCCAUGGGACGCACGCAGGCUGCUGCCAUCACCGCCGGGGGCUUUUUCUUUUCUUUUUUUUUCAACUUUUUAUUUUGCCUUUUUUGUUUGUGUCCCCAUCCCUCACCUCCUCCCCCUCAUUUCCAGUUUUCCCCUCAGCCCUCCUCACCUCAGCGGUCCUUGCGGCCCUGCCUCCAGGAUCCUGUCCUGCCCUCACCUUUGUUACAGACCAGGACUCGGGAGCCUCUCCUCUGCCUGCCCAGGACCAGGCCUUUGGGCAGUGGGAGAGAUUCUGGUUUUUAAUCGACAUAAAGCCCCCGUGAGGAGUGAAGCGUGGAGCCAUGGGGCCGGCAGGCAGCCCGCCUCCGCGCAGCUGCCCGUCAGAGGCUGCCUUCCUGGCCCUGUCGUCAGGCUCCGAGUGGCCUGGCGGGGGCAGUCCGGCCCCCUCCUCCCGUGGGGGCGAAGAAGCAAUAAUGUCCAGGGACCGGGGGUGGGGGAGUAGCACGGGCCUGUGGAGGCUGCGUGCAGGAUGGGGGUCCGGGCGCGCUCGCAUGGACGGCCCGCUCUCCCCUCGGGGAACCCGGAGCGGGCGCGGCCGCCUGGCCGUCUCCCCUGCCCCCUCAGCUGCUCUCCUGACCCUGUGGAUGAGGCAGGAGGAACACGAGGGGGCUAGCCUCCCCAGCCACCAGCCCCGUGCCUUACCAGGGCUUCCUUCCGGCCGGCCUUACCUCCCGCUGGAGCCCGGGCCCGGCCCCAGCCUCUUCCGAGGACGGGGGCCGGGGUCUCCCCCUUCGCUCUGCUUGGGGCAGAGGGGCGCCAGCCUCGGCUGUUACACAUCUUGCACCGAGACAGUAUUGGGCCCGCCCGCCCGGCGGACUUGGGUUGAAGGGGGGUGAGCUGGGGGUCUGGUACGUGCCGAGGGAGGGCCCCCUCGCGCUCUCCCGCUCUCUGGGCCUCACAUUCUGCAGCCUUAAGGUGAACGUGUCAGUGCUGUGGGCACUCGCGUGUGUGUCUCAGACUGUGUGUGUCUGUGGGCGUCCCUGUGCAUCUGGGGUGCAGAUGCACGUGGCGUGUGUGUGUGUGGGGGUGUGUGUGUGUGUGGUGUGAGUGGGCUCGGGCCCCACCCCUGGCUCAAGCACUUCAUCCCGAGGGGGAGGGGCGCUGGCCUAGCAGGGGAGCCUCGCCUGGGGCCCAUUUGUUGCCCUGCCCCCUGCCUCCCAGCAUCUCUGGGUGUUUGGACUUUAGUUUUUGUGGUUUUGCUCUCCCCACCCCACCUCCUGUAGGUAGUUCACAGAGAGACCUUCUGGGGUGGGGUGGGGGUGGGUUUGGGUGGGUGGGGUUCUUUUUUCCUGUGUGUGUAUGUCGUUGAUCUGACAAUUCUUCCUUCUCCCCACUAGCCUGUCCCCAUCUCCUCGUAUUUGUACGGUACAAGCAAUAAAGACACUCAUUUGAGACUGGGGCCCACCACCCCGGCCUUUCCUUGCUUCCCGAGUCCAGCCCCUGGCACCGGCUGCCUCCUGCUCCCAUUGCUCUGGUCACAGGGCCUGUUGAGCCGCAAGGUGGGGAAGCUGGUAGAGGAGGCACCUGGGGUGCUCAAGCGCAGGUUGGGGGGUGGAGGUUACUUCUGCAGGGAGCUGGUGAAGAGUCUGUGGAAGGUGCCUGGACUGGGGGUACAGUGGACAGAGACCAUUCUGGUCCCCCCAGGAACUGCUUAGGCAAAAAGAGGCGGAGUGGAGAGAUGGGUGAAGGGCUGGGCCCUGGGAGCCAGUGUGGGAGGGAGUGGACUCAUUUCCUAGAGGGGGGCACUGCCUGCACACACCUUCUCAUUUAUGGCCCCCAUUUCCGAUAAAAGUGAAGUCACUCGGUUGUGUCCGACUCCCUGUGGCCCCAUGGACUGUAGCCCACCAGGUUCUCCAUCUGUGGGAUUUUCCAGGCAGCAGUGCUGGAGUGGGUUGCUAUUUUCUUCUCCAGGGGCUCUUACUGACCCAGGAAUCGAACCCACGUCUCCCACAUUGUAGGCAGACCUUUACCGUCUGAGCCACCAGGGAAGUCAUUUUUCCAAUACAAAGCCGUUAGAGGAUCAGUGGGAUGUGUGGUGGCUGUCAGCCGGGGCCACCUCAGAUGGGUUCAUAACCCUCAGGGCUCUGCGCCCCUCUUGACGCCUGGCCUUUUAAUCCUGGGGCUCCCAUGCUUGAAUCGUUCCUCACAGGCCCUGGGCCAGGGCUGCCCCGGCUGAGCCCUGGCACGGGUGAACUUAAUGUCAGAUUUUCCCAGACGGUGUUGGCCUUCACACACCUGGAGUCUUUGAGGUUGUAAAUGAGGGUAGAGAAAAAAAAUCAGAUCCUACAACAAAAGCUCAGAGAUUCUGUUUUCUAAUUUUAUAUGAAUGUUAUUGAGCUAUAAAAGUGUGUCCAUACGAGAAAUGGCGGAGAGGCUCAUAAAGAGAAGUCUUUUGAUAGCAACUACACUCUGAUAAAAAGAGUAUUUUUUUUAAUAAGGCCCUCUGGUGCCGCCGCUGGAGAUGACCAGGGCUGGGUCUUGUCACACUGUCUACCUCAGCCGGUUAGCACUUGUCUGGUGUCCAUGGACGGGCUCCCAGAGGCUGCUCAGCUGCCGCCCUCCGUUGAACAAAUCCCCUUAGACGGAAGGGUGGUGCUUAUUUCACUGGCAGGACUUUUCCCAAAGCGUUUUAGAGGGAAGAGUUGUAAUAAGAUUUCAUCAAUUAUGAAAAUUAAUUUUUGAAUAGGUUGAUCUUUUGUCACGUGCGUAUAGAACGUUUCACGAGUUUUGGGAAAGGAGGAGGAAAGUCCGAACCACCCCUGGCCUUGAGCACUUGAGCAGUCAUUCUGGCCCUCGCGUCACCCCUGUGUCUGUGACGUCAAGCCGCUGGGUUCCAUCCUGCCAGUGUACCAGCACCUGCAGGCCAUGCCGGGUUACUGGUGGAAACGAGAUCCUUUCUCAGCUCCUGUUUUGCAUCUGAGGGACUCCUUGUGGACAGUGCUGUCACACCUCCAGCCGCUUCACAAACUUUUCUCCAGGUGGCGGCGCCUCAGCUGGCUCGGCUGCCCCCCGAUGACAAACACUUGGUCUCCAGUUUGCUUGCUGCUGUCAGCAGUAAUGUAAUAAACCUCAGUGUAACAAGCCA